CCUGCAAUAUGUCGGCGUUGGGCGAUUGUGAGUUUUUGGUGAAGCGAGCCCGGGAACUAGUCCAAGGAGACCUGUGGGCUGCCAAAGCUUGGCUUAUCACCGCGCGGAGUCUCUAUCCUGCCGACUUCAACAUUCAGUAUGAGAUGUACUCCAUUGAGAAGAAUGCAGAACGAACAGCAUCAGCAGGCAGAUUGUUAUAUGACAUGUUUGUAAAUUUUCCAGAGCAACCAGUGGUAUGGCGGGAGAUUAGUAUUAUCACAUCAGCACUUCGUAAUGAUUCACAGGAUAAGCAAACAGAGUUUUUAAAAGGUUUAUUUGAAACUCUUCCUGGCCGGGUUCAAUGUGAAAUGUUAUUAAAAGCUACAGACCAGUGCUUCAAUACUUUAGAACGGGCAGAAAUGUUACUAUUGCUUUUACGGCGUUUUCCUGAGACUGUGGUUCAGCAUGGGGUGGGCCUUGGGGAAACAUUAUUAGAAGCAGAAAAUAUUGAAGAUCAAGAGUCACCUGUUAAUUGCUUUAGAAAAUUAUUUGUUUGUGAUGUUCUGCCUUUAAUAAUUAACAACCCUGAUGUACGACUUCCUUCCACAUUGUUAUACAAGUAUCUGAAUAAGGCUGCAGAAUUUUAUAUAAAUUAUGUGACUAGAUCAUCACCGACAGAAAACCAAUAUCCAGGAACACAGGACACAUCUGAUCUUGUGUCCCCUAAUAAACGAAGUGCUCAGAAAUAUAUUAUUGAAGGUCUCACUGAGAAAUCAUGCCAGAUUACAGAUCCUUGGGAAAGGAUAUUCAAAAUACUAUCCAUAGUAGGUGUGAGAUGUGAAUGGCAGAUGGACGUGGCAAGAAGAAGUUUUGGUGACAUAUUGCUGAAAAUGAAAGAUGUCUGCAGAUAUAUAAGUAAUUAUGAUAAUGAAGCUCAUGCAAAGUACAAGACCCAAGUAGUGUAUUCCACAAUGCUGGUCUUCUUCAAGAAUGCAUUCCAAUAUAUCAGCAGCAUCCAACCUUCUCUUUUUCAGGGAUCAAAUGCUUCAAACCAAGUUCCAUUGAUUCUCAUCGAGGAUGUGUCCAAUGUUUUUGGUGAUACAGAUAUUGAACGUAGCAAACAUGUUCACAAGAAACGAAAACUUCCUGAAGGGAGAGAGAAAACAAUGAGCUCUGAUGAUGAAGAUCCUUCUGGGAAAGGCAAAAAUAGAGUCAUUACAAUAAAUGCAACAGAUCUCCCAAAUUCUGUUGAAGUACAAGAGAGCUUUAGAUUGGCUAGAGAGAGCUGGGAACUUUUACAUUCAUUGGAAUCAUUGGAUAAAGAAUUUACAAGAAUUUGUGUGUCUUGGAAGACAGAUACCUGGCUUUGGUUGAGAAUCUUCCUCACAGAUAUGAUUAUCUAUCAGGGUCAAUAUAAAAAAGCAAUUGCCAGCUUACAUCACUUAGCAGCUCUGCAAGGAUCUCAUUGUCCACAACAAAUUAUGGGGCAAGGAUCGCUAGAAAAUCAACGACCUCUAAUCCAGUUAGCGACUUGUCAUUUUGCUCUUGGAGAAUACCAUUUGACUUGUGAAAAAAUUCUUGACUUAAUGUGUUUCAUGACACUUCCCAUACAAGAAGGAGCCAAAAUACAAGAAGAUCAGCCUGUAUUAAAGUCAAAAUUCAGGAAAGUUUCAGAGCUGAAGCUUUGGCCAUGCAACAGUAAAACUAUUAUGCCUUACUGUCUCCGAUUACUAUUAGCUUGUUUUAAGCUGAAAGCUUUCACAGACAACAGGGAUGAUAUGGCAUUGGGUCAUGUGAUUGUGUUGUUACAGCAUGAGUGGCCAAGGGGUGAAAACUUAUUCUUGAAAGCAGUUAACAAAAUCUGCCAGCAAGCAAACUUCCAAUAUGAAAAAUUUUUCAACUAUAUUACAAAUAUUGAUAUGCUGGAGGAAUUUGCCUACUUAAGAACACAAGAAGGAGGAAAAAUUCAUUUGGAAUUAUUGCCAAAUCAGGCAAUGCUAAUAAAGACUUCUAGCCCUCCACUGGGGUUACUGCAGCAGGAAUUCAUACCUGUACUACAGCCCAGCAUGCAGACUGCUGACAGACAUCACACUAUCACCAGAGGAAUCACCAAAGGUGUGAAGGAAGAUUUCCGUCUGGCAAUGGAGCGUCAAGUAUCACGCUGUGGAGAAAACUUGAUGAUGGUAUUGCAUAGAUUCUGUAUGAGUGAGAAGAUUUUGCUUCUUCAGACAUUGAGCUGAGUCGACGUCACUUGAGCUCCUUUAUUGGAGUUGAGAAGCAAAUAAGAAGGAAAAUCAUUAUCAUUCCAUUGGGGCCAGCCAGUUAUCCUUAGCUGCUGAAGCAAAGUUGCUGGAAAAGUAUAGCCAAACUUCAUGACUUCAACUUUUGACUUUGGCAUUCUAAAUAAAAUAAGCUUUCAAAAUUAAUUAAAAAUCAUCCUUUCAUUAAAAAAAUAAUCUAGUUUAGAUACAAGACUGGAUUUAAAAUUGUAGGUAAGUAAUAGAAAUCCAUAAUUCCAUUACAGUCAUAUUACAAUAAUUCAUAAGUCAUGUAAAGCUGAUACAGAUAUUCAUCAUGAUAUUUUGCUGGAGAUCAUCAUGGUCAAGUGUUCUGCCUGAUAUCAUCAAGCAAGCAGGCUGACGGCAGAUACAAGUCAUUUGUAAGCCAUAUUUGACUAUUGCUUAAGUGCAUCU